AUGACCAGUAAUGCCGAUCCGGUCCUAAACGCACCCUCUGACCCAAAGCCCUUUCACCACGACCGCCCCCACAGUCCGCCCUCUCCACGCCCGGCACCCAAGGCUGCCGCUUUUCCAUCCCAACAUGCCCACGACGAAGACCAGGAUGCCGAAGGCGAAUCUGAGGCCGAGACGGUCGUCCUGUCACGGGACGAAGACCCCGUCGAGAACAAGGUGAUCAAGACGGAGCGCAUCGACGACGACGAGAACAACGAUGAUGCAUCACGGCUGCGCUCCAUCAAGGAAGAGUCGCGGGCGCAUUCACCCCAUCCCAACGGCCGUCGCCGCUCGAGCAACGGCAAUCAUGUCAAGGUCAAUGGCGUCAAGCACGCUCCUGAGCGCGAUGCAAAGAGCCCAGUUCCUACUUCACCCAGCAGCCGCACUGCCUCGCGACACACCAAGGACACCAGCCCAAACGACUCGGCCAGAUCGCCUGUCCGGUCCGCCCUUUCUCCCACACACACCACCACCCGCGGCCGCAGCGCGUCGACCGUCGAAAAUCGCAAGCGCAAGCUGCGCGAUGACUCGUUCCCCAAAGCCUUCGAACCACCGCGACAAAAAGCAAGGACCGAGGGUUUGAAAGACGCGCGCCCACCCAAUUCGCCUGGCACACCGGGGUUUGGCCGUCCACACAAACGUUCGCAAUCGACUCAAUCCGCCGUCACGGGCAUCGCGGGCCGCAAGCGCCGCGAGGUCACCAACCUCGCUCUGUCAACAGAAGAGAAUUGGUCGGGAUCGAGUUCAGAUCACUCGACAUCACCACAGCCUACUUCCGCACCACAUCUGCAACACGCCCGAGUAAAGCGCUCCACGCAUCGUGCGCUGACCUCACCCGCACGCACCAUGCCACAGCGAAAGGUCGAUAGAUUUGGCGCUACGCGACUCGCUCGAGAGAGUGAAAAGGGCGACCUUGAUGCAGUUAAGGAAGCCUUCGAAGAAGCUCCCGAUGAGCUAAAUCAACCGGAUUACGCUGGUAUCGCUCCAUUACAAAAGGCCUCGUUACAUGGCUGGGCACCUGUCGUUCGGUAUCUGAUUAGCAAAGGCUGUCGUACAGACUGCGAGAGUCACGAUCGGGACACUCCCCUCAUCGAUGCAGUGGAGAACUCACACCUGGACGUAGUCAGAUUGCUCCUCAAUGAGGGCCAGGUCAAUCCACACCACUCGAACAAGAAGGGGCAGCGUGCAAUCGAUGUGCUGGAUCAAGAAGACGAAGACGCAGAAGAGAUUGAGAAGGAACUCAGGGAAGCGAUGAGGAGGCGGGUAGACACAUCCACCAACGACCACGAGCGUACCCAGAAGCAGGCCAAGACCGCAUCGCGCUUGUUGUACAACGAGUUCAACGUGGAAACCCUGAUCGAAAAAGCCGGUGACGGCGACAUCCUUGCAGUAGGAGAGUUGAUCAAUAGUAACAUCAAGCCGAACAUUACGUGUGGCGUUGCAGCGGCAAGAGGUGGACAUUACGACAUUCUCAGUAUCCUGUUAGCGAGUGGCCUCAAGGCUGAUCCUGACCCGUCCAAGCAUCCAGAAACGCCUAUGACAGUUGCUAUAGGGCGAGGAUAUCUCAAGAUCAUACAACUGCUUCUCGAGCAAGACAAUUUCAACCCCACUCGCCGAAACAAAGAGAACAAGACGUACUACGAAAUCUCCGAGGAGCGCCAUGGCCCGAAAUGGGAGGAAGAGAGGGACAUGUUGAAGCGCGCCUGUGAAGAGUAUCAAGGAACGCACCGGAGCCCUCGAAGAGUCAAGAGAGAAGCGCCAAACGCUUCUGCCAAUCGCAUGAAGAGAAAGGCGUCGCCACGAAGAGAACGAUCGUCUUCUCCACGUGUUGAGUCGAAACGUGCGCAUCUGGCAAAAUCGACGACAGUGCCCGCUGCUCCCCAAAAGUCCCGGCGAUUAAUGUCUGGGAAGGAGAAGGCAACUAGGGAGGAUCAGAGAAGAAAGCGAGUUGUGUCCGACGAUUCAUCAGAAGAAGAGAGCGAAGAAGACGUACGACCGCCCACCCGAAAGAUCAAGCAGCGAUCUGAUAGCGAAGGCGAAGAGGCGAAGCCAGUCAAGAAACCAGCGAAACUACGGUCGGACGACAACGAAUCUAAACAAGCAAUUCGAGCACGUUCAGACGAGAGUGACGAGGAUCAUGCUACGAAGCAUCCAGCCAAGAUUCGCACCAAACCAGCCAGACCUCUCAGUGCCAAACCAACGCCUGAGAUUGAUUCUCCAGAUGAACGCAAAGUCGUAAAGAACAAGAUCAAAUACAAGACUGUCGAAGACAAAAUCAGGAAAAGAAAGCUAUCUGAUGCAUCAACAGAUGAUGUCAGCAUGAAGAGAACACCGACAGCGUCUGCCAAGUCUACGCCCGUGCCUCCUGAAAGAAUAGCAACCCCGGAAGUUGAACGCGCACGUCGCCAAGAGGAACAAAAGCUGCAUGCAGAAGCAAAACGCAAAGCUGCCGAAGCCGCGGCCGAUGCUGAAGCGAAAAGGAAGGAAGAAGAGGAGGCAGCUCGUAAGGCUCAAGAGAUCGAGGAAGCAAAGAAGAAGGCCGAAGCAGAAGCCGAAAUUAAGCGCCAGGCAGAAGAAGCCGAGGCAGCACGCAUACGUGAAGAGCAGGAGACCCAGCGUCGAGCAGAUCAGGAAGAGAAACGCCAGAAGGAAUUGCUAGCACGCCAGGAUCGUAUCUCCAAGCUCCCACGUGCCUUACGACGCGCCUGCGAGUUAGGCACAAAUCGACCGCUUCAUUUCUCUGGUGAAGAACUCGGCGUAUCGGCUGUCUUCCUGCCACUGUUUUAUGCGGCUGCGGAGGAUCUCUGCAACUCGCAAGCCAUACCAAACAGAACAUACAUUUGUUCCUUCCAGGCUGUUGGCAUACUUGGACUUCCAGAACUUGAUCUAGCAUACCUCAGCACUCCUUAUUCUGAUUGGUCUCGUAUUCCCGUGAGCCGCGCUCAACGAGAUGCCAUCCUCCGUCAAUACGACGUGGCCCUCCUAGCCCAGGAUUUCCGUUUCCCCAUGGAAGGCGCUCCGGAUUUCGAUUACGCCAAGAUCCAAGACAGCAUCAAAGAAGCCAAAAAUCAGUUUUCAGCCAUGGAAGGCCUGUAUUGGGUAGAAGAAUCGCAUCUUUACGAUGAAGUCGAGAAAGUCGAUAGCCUUCGACCGCUACUCCACGAGAUGCGCGCUGAGUGUAAGAGACGGCGAAUACAGCUAGCAGACAACGACGAACAGCCGGAGAAGAAGCAGAAGCCCCGGAAAAGUUUCAUGGAUAUUGUACUUGCACAAAACGGUAUUAAUGGAACGGCGCCUCGAGCAAUCGUCAAUGGUAACGGAUGA